UUCAUACGUAUACACGCAUUGCACACCCAUAGCUCUCUGCGACUGCAUAGGCAGACAACACACGGUGAUUAACAUUGAAUAUGGAAGAGUUUCUGAAGCGGUGCGAGCAGUCCGGCGAUGCAGCCUACGGUGCUCUCCGAUCGCUCCUGGAGCGACUCGAGGAUCCGAGUACGCGGACCGACGCACGUGUCUUCCUGUCGGAGCUCCAGAAACGAUUCAGUUCCAAGGAAGCCUCGGAGCGCGAUCGGUGCCUUGAGACCUACCAUUUCCAAAUUCAAGACAUCUAUCUCGAACAGUAUGAAGGUUUUGAGAAGCGGAAGAAACUUAGCAUGAUUGUAAUACCCAGUAUCUUUAUGCCCGAGGAUUGGUCCUUCACUUUUUACGAGGGUCUCAAUAGGCAUCCAGAUUCUAUUUUUAAGGACAAGAGUGUAGUUGAGCUUGGCUGUGGAAAUGGCUGGAUAACCAUUGCCAUUGCUGAGAAGUGGUUGCCCUUAAAGGUAUAUGGUCUUGACAUAAAUCCAAGAGCAGUGAAGAUUUCUUGGAUAAAUCUAUACUUGAAUGCUUUGGACGACAAUGGGCAACCAAUUUAUGAUGGGGAGAAAAAAACUUUACUUGAUAGGGUUGAGUUCUAUGAAUCAGAUUUGCUAUCUUACUGCAGAGAUAAUCAUAUAGAAAUUGACCGAAUUGUUGGAUGCAUACCACAGAUUCUUAACCCUAAUCCAGAUGCAAUGUCCAAAAUGAUUACGGAGAGCGCCAGCGAAGAAUUCUUACAUUCUCUGAGCAACUACUGUGCUCUUCAGGGCUUUGUGGAGGACCAAUUUGGGUUAGGUCUCAUUGCAAGGGCCAUCGAAGAAGGGAUAUCUGUUAUAAAACCUCUGGGGGUUAUGAUCUUUAAUAUGGGAGGUCGCCCUGGACAAGCAGUGUGUAAGCGUUUGUUUGAACGUCGUGGUCUUCGUGUUAAAAGACUCUGGCAGACUAAAAUUCUUCAGGCUGCUGACACAGAUAUUUCAGCCUUAGUUGAAAUUGAAAAGAAUAGUCCACACCGUUUUGAAUUCUUUAUGGGACUUGCUGGAGAUCAACCAAUUUGUGCACGAACAGCUUGGGCCUAUGCGAAAGCUGGUGGCCGUAUUUCUCAUGCUUUAUCAGUAUAUAGUUGUCGACUCCGUCAACCUAAUCAGGUGAAAAAGAUCUUUGAGUUUCUGAGAAAUGGAUUGACUGAUAUCAGCAGCGUUUUAGAUUUGUCUUUUGAGGAUGAGUCUGUUGCGGAUGAGAAGAUUCCAUUCCUAGCUCAUCUCGCUAAUAUUUUACAAGAUAUUUCAUUUUUCUCUUAUCAACCACCAGCAGGAAGCAGACGUUUUCGUAGUCUUAUUUCUGGCUUUAUGAGAACAUACCACCAUAUCCCACUGACUGCAGAUAAUGUUGUUGUAUUUCCUUCAAGGACUGUUGCUAUUGAAAGUGCUCUACGUCUGUUGUCGCCGCACCUCGCCAUUGUUGAUGAACAACUGUCCCGAUAUUUACCAAGCCAAUGGUUAACAACCUUAAAUAUUGAGAAGGCAGAAACUGGAAAAAACUCGGAGGAAGUAAUAGCAGUCAUUGAGGCGCCACGUCAGUCAGACUUGAUGUUGGAGCUGAUAAAAAAGUUGAAGCCAGAGGUAGUAGUGACAGGGAUAGCUCAAUUUGAGUCAGUUACUAGUUCAGCAUUUGAGCAUCUUUUGGACACGACAAAAGAAAUUGGCUCUCGUUUGUUUUUGGAUAUAUCAGACCAUUUUGAGCUAUCUAGCCUUCCCAGUUCCAAUGGAGUCCUUAAGUAUCUUGCUGGAACUCCUCUGCCUCCACAUGCUAUGAUUGUUUGUGGCUUACUGAAAAAUCAGGUUUAUACAGAUUUGGAAGUGGCUUUUGUGAUUUCAGAGGAAGAGGAAAUGUUCAAAGCUCUAUGCAAGACGGUUGAACUUUUACAGGGAAGUACAGCAAUAAUUAGCCAAUACUACUAUGGUUGUCUUUUCCAUGAGCUUCUAGCUUUCCAGCUGGCUGAUCGACGCCCGCCUCCACUGAGAAAUGGUGAGAAGGCGAAAGCUACUGCAGUUAAUGGAUUUUCUAGUUCUACACUUUCAUUACUUGAUCAUACCGAGUUAUCGAUAAAUGAAUCUGAUGAGUCUUCCCUGGUUCAUAUGGAUGCCGACCAAAGCUUUUUGCCCUUAACAAAACCUGUUACGGCUGCCAUCUUUGAGAGUUUUGCAAGGCAGAAUAUAACAGAAUCAGAAACUGAUGUUACACAUGGCAUUAGACAAUUAGUUAGCAGCAGUUAUGGCUUUCCAUCUAAUUGCAACACGGAGUUCAUAUAUGCGGACUGUCCUGUGGCACUUUUCACUAAGUUGGUUCUCUGCUGUGUUCAAGAGGGUGGAACUCUGUGCUUCCCAACUGGCUCCAAUGGAAAUUAUGUAUCUGCUGCAAAAUUUUUGAAGGCAAAAAUUGCAAGCAUUCCGACCAAUCCAGAAGUAGGGUACAAGUUGACAGAAGAAACACUUACUGCUGCAUUGAAGACUGUUAAUAAACCAUGGAUAUACAUUUCUGGUCCAACUGUCAGUCCAACUGGAAUGCUAUAUAGUAAUGAAGAAAUGAAUAAGUUAUUAUCUGUAUGUGCUGAGUUUGGAGCGAGGGUUAUUUUAGAUACUUCAUUCUCGGGAGUCGAAUUCAAUUCCAAGGGUUUCAAUGGCUGGAAUUUGGGAGCAACAUUGGAGAAACUUUCAUCUGCUAACUCAACCUUUUGUGUGUCUCUACUCGGGGGAUUAUUCAACGGGCUCAAAUUUGGUUUUCUACUUAUAAAUCAGCCCUUUUUGAUGGAUUCUUUCCAUAGCUUUGCAGGAUUAAGCAAACCUCACAGCACAACCAAGUACGCAGUAAAGAAAUUGCUGGAUCUUAGAGAGCAAGAAACAGGGAAUCCAUUGAAUGCUACAGCAGAACAGAUGGAAAAUCUAGAAAAUAGAUAUAAGCACUUGAAGCAGACACUUGAAAGUAGUGGUUGGGAGGUGCUUGAAGCUCAAGCGGGCAUUUCUGUUGUAGCAAAGCCAUCUGCUUACCUGGGCAAGACCAUCAAAAUAAACAAAAGUGGUAGUAGCCAGGAGAUUAAGCUUGAUGACUCCAAUAUCAGGGAAGCCAUACUCAGCAGCACUGGCCUGUGCAUCAACAGUGCUAAAUGGACCGGCAUUCCAGGUUACUGCCGAUUCAACAUCGCCCUGGAAGAAAGCAAUUUCAAGCGUGCUUUGGAUUGCAUUGCCAAAUUCAAAAGCUCGGUUGGUAAGUGAAAUAUUGCACUCUCAAUGUUAUGCUACCACAUGUUCUUUUCUUUGGCUUUUUGCUCACAACUUUGGUGUUGUGAAGUAGACUUCUUGUUGAUCAGCCAAACUGAUGUUGCUCUUCUUACUGAAAGAGCCACAGGUUUCGUUCUUCUACUUGGUAGUCCUCAUUUAUAGAACUUGAACUUAUGGAUCCUUUCGAGUUUUAUGCUAUUUGCAGCUACUGAACUCGAUUUUUUAAAUUA